AUGGCUUUAGCCAGGCUCUGCGCCCUGUUUGCCUGCUGCUGGGGGCCGGCUGCGGUGCUGGCCACAGCUGCCGGCGACGCGGAUCCAUCCAAGGAGCUGGAGUGCAAGCUCAAGAGCAUCACUGUGUCGGCGCUGCCCUUCCUGCGCGAGAACGACCUGAGCAUCAUGCACAGUCCCUCGGCCUCCGAACCCAAGCUUCUCUUCUCUGUGCGCAAUGACUUCCCGGGAGAAAUGGUCGUAGUGGACGACCUAGAGAACACGGAGCUACCCUACUUCGUGCUGGAGAUCUCAGGAAAUACGGAGGACAUCCCUCUGGUGCGCUGGAGGCAGCAAUGGCUGGAGAAUGGUACUUUGCUUUUUCACAUCCAUCACCAAGAUGGCGCUCCAAGUCUCCCUGGACAAGACCCAACAGAAGAACCCCAGCAUGAGUCAGCAGAAGAGGAACUGAGGAUCCUGCACAUCUCAGUCAUGGGUGGCAUGAUCGCUCUGCUGCUAUCCAUCUUGUGCCUGGUGAUGAUCCUGUAUACUCGCAGGCGCUGGUGCAAACGUCGCCGGGUCCCCCAACCCCAGAAGAGUGCCAGUGCAGAGGCAGCCAAUGAGAUUCACUACAUUCCGUCUGUUCUGAUUGGCGGCCACGGGCGAGAAAGUUUGCGCAACGCCCGAGUGCAGGGCCACAACUCCAGUGGCACCCUGAGCAUCCGGGAGACACCUAUCCUGGAUGGCUAUGAGUAUGACAUCACAGACCUGCGUCACCAUCUGCAGAGGGAGUGCAUGAAUGGAGGGGAGGACUUUGCCAGUCAGGUCACACGCACCUUGGACUCCCUUCAGGGCUGCAAUGAGAAGUCUGGGAUGGACCUCACACCAGGAAGUGACAAUGCCAAGCUGUCCCUGAUGAACAAGUAUAAAGAUAAUAUCAUAGCCACGAGCCCCGUGGAUUCCAACCACCAGCAAGCCACUCUGCUCUCCCACACCUCCAGUAGCCAAAGAAAGAGGAUCAACAACAAAGCAAGAGCUGGUUCCGCCUUCUUGAACCCUGAGGGGGACUCUGGCACUGAGGCAGAAAAUGACCCACAGCUGACCUUUUAUACGGACCCUUCUCGGAGCCGCAGGCGCAGUCGAGUGGGCUCUCCCCGAAGUCCUGUGAAUAAGACCACCCUGACCCUGAUCAGCGUCACCAGCUGUGUGAUUGGCCUCGUGUGCUCCUCUCACGUCAGCUGCCCUCUUGUUGUCAAAAUCACCCUUCAUGUCCCCGAGCACCUGAUCGCUGAUGGGAGCCGCUUCAUCCUGCUGGAAGGAAGCCAGCUGGAUGCCAGUGACUGGCUGAACCCUGCCCAAGUGAUUCUCUUCUCGCAGCAGAACUCCAGUGGGCCCUGGGCCAUGGACCUCUGUGCCCGGCGGCUCCUGGACCCUUGUGAACACCAAUGUGACCCCGAAACUGGUAGGCGGGAGCACCGGGAAGCGGGGGAAUGUCUGUGCUACGAAGGUUACAUGAAGGAUCCUGUCCACAAGCAUCUUUGCAUUCGGAACGAGUGGGGAACAAACCAGGGGCCUUGGCCUUACACAAUAUUUCAGCGAGGCUUUGACCUGGUUUUGGGAGAGCAGCCUUCUGAUAAAAUAUUCAGAUUUACCUACACUCUUGGGGAAGGCAUGUGGUUGCCCCUCAGCAAAAGCUUCGUGAUUCCACCAGCUGAACUGGCCAUCAAUCCAUCAGCAAAGUGUAAGACCGACAUGACUGUGAUGGAAGAUGCUGUGGAGGUCAGAGAGGAGCUGAUGACAUCAUCAUCCUUUGACAGCCUGGAAGUCCUCUUAGACUCCUUUGGGCCUGUGCGUGAUUGCAGCAAAGAUAACGGAGGCUGCAGUAAGAAUUUCCGCUGCAUUUCAGAUCGCAAGCUGGACUCUACUGGUUGUGUGUGCCCGUCAGGACUCAGCCCUAUGAAGGACAGCUCAGGCUGCUAUGACCGCCACAUCGGCGUUGACUGCUCAGAUGGUUUCAACGGAGGCUGCGAACAGCUGUGUCUCCAGCAGAUGGCGCCUUUUCCAGAUGACCCCACCUUGUACAACAUCCUCAUGUUCUGCGGGUGUAUCGAAGACUACAAGCUUGGGGUGGAUGGACGGUCUUGCCAACUUGUCACAGAGACCUGCCCAGAGGGCGGUGACUGUGCCGAAAGCAGAGAGGUCUCCAUGAACCAGACUCUGUUUGGGGAAAUGUUCUUUGGUUACAACAACCAGUCCAAGGAAGUAGCUGCUGGACAGGUGCUAAAAGGAACAUUCAGACAAAGCAACUUUGCUCGUGGUUUAGACCAGCAACUGCCAGACGGUCUUGUGGUGGCCACCGUCCCACUGGAGAACCAAUGUCUAGAGGAAAUCUCGGAGCCCACUCCUGACCCUGACUUCCUGACUGGAAUGGUGAACUUCAGUGAAGUGUCUGGAUACCCUGUACUACAACACUGGAAGGUUCGGUCUGUGAUGUACCACAUCAAACUCAAUCAAGCAGCCGUCUCUCAGGCCUUCAGCAAUGCACUCCACUCCUUGGAUGGGGCCACAUCUCGUGCAGAUUUCGUGGCCUUCUUGGAUCAGUUUGGCAACCAUUACAUCCAGGAAGCUGUCUAUGGCUUUGAGGAAUCCUGUUCUAUAUGGUACCCAAACAAGCAAGUUCAACGGCGACUCUGGCUGGAAUAUGAAGAUAUCAGUAAAGGCAACUCCCCAUCUGAUGAGUCGGAGGAGCGGGAAAGAGAGCCCAAGGUGCUGACAUUCCCAGAAUACAUCGCUAGCCUGUCAGACUCUGGCACCAAGCGUAUGGCAGCUGGAGUCCGAAUGGAGUGCCAGAGCAAGGGACGAUGUCCCUCAUCUUGUCCUUUGUGUCAUGUGACGUCCAGCCCUGAAACCCCUGCCGAGCCAGUCCUGCUUGAAGUGACCAGAGCAUCCCCCAUCUAUGAACUGGUGACCAAUAACCAGACCCAGAGGCUCCUACAGGAGGCCACCAUGAGUUCUCUCUGGUGUUCAGGGACUGGAGAUGUCAUCGAGGACUGGUGUCGAUGUGACUCCACUGCUUUCGGAACGGAUGGCCUCCCUACCUGUGCGCCCCUCCCACAGCCUGUGCUGAGACUUUGCACGGUACACGAACCCAGCAGUACCCUCGUGGUCCUGGAGUGGGAACAUUCGGAGCCACCCAUUGGAGUGCAGAUUGUAGAUUACCUGAUCCGUCAAGAGAAAGUCACGGACCGGAUGGACCACUCCAAAGUGGAGACAGAAACCGUGCUGAGCUUUGUAGAUGACAUCAUCUCUGGAGCAAAAGCUCCAUGUGCCAUGCCAUCUCAGGUGCCAGACAAGCAGCUCACCACCAUUUCUCUCAUCAUCCGAUGCCUGGAACCUGACACCAUUUACAUGUUCACCCUCUGGGGAGUGGACAACACGGGGCGACGCUCCAGGCCAAGCGAUGUGAUUGUGAAGACGCCAUGUCCUGUGGUGGAUGAUGUCAAAGCCCAAGAAAUAGCAGACAAGAUCUACAAUCUCUUCAAUGGCUACACCAGUGGCAAGGAGCAACAGACUGCCUACAACACCCUUCUGGAUCUGGGUUCCCCCACUUUGCAUCGAGUCCUCUACCACUAUAAUCAGCACUAUGAGAGUUUUGGGGAAUUCACCUGGCGGUGUGAGGAUGAAUUAGGUCCCAGGAAAGCAGGCCUCAUCCUUUCUCAGCUUGGAGAACUGAGCAGCUGGUGCAAUGGACUGCUUCAGGAGCCCAAGAUAAGCUUGAGGCGUGCAUCACUCAAGUACCUGGGCUGCCGGUACAGUGAGAUCAAACCCUAUGGACUGGACUGGUCAGAGCUCAGCCGGGACCUCAGGAAGACCUGUGAGGAACAGACCUUAAGCAUCCCCUACAAUGACUAUGGGGACAGCAAGGACAUCUAG